AUGACAAGCAUCGAUGUGGAAUUGGAUACUAUCAACAUGGAGUCAGUUACAGAUGUUCAACGGGAGUAUACUACACAGGAAAAGGCAAAGGCUCGCAAAAGUGGGCCUAGCCUUAUUAGUAAGACAAUGGCCUUGGGAAUGAAAGCACGAGUAUUUGCAAUGCAUUUAUUUUUUGACCCCACACAUCGAGUCCUCAAGGGCACGGCCCAUGUCCCAGCCGGAGAGACGCCGCCGCCAAACCUGCAGGAGAUGAUAGCCAAAUUGCUUUCAGAUGCGACCUCUAAAAGAAAAGAUCGGAAGCGCCGCGAAAGAAGGCUACGACAAUUUAGAUUAAGCGCACAAAUGGGAGCGAAGCGAACACAACAAUCAUCACAACAAGUUGGUGGUCUCCAGACAUCUGAUGACAUAAGUGUCGACGAUGCAAGUGAUGAGAGUGAAUCAGACUCAGCAGAGAGUGAAAAACAUAACUCCAGUCCCAUAACUGAGACCUCAGUCAACCAACAGCAGGAAUCCGGUGACACAACAAAGCACAUCGUGAACCAGAUACCCGACUCUUCCAAUAGCGCGCAAGAUUGCGCUCAACCUUCUCAGGUUAGCGGCUUUACGAAUGAUAAUCGAGCACAAGAUUGGGUUAGCAUUGACCUUGGCGGCUGUGAUGGAAUAGAAGACAAUAAUACAACAUCUUGGGCAGGAUUUGAGGACUUUGAGAAUUUGUUUUCAGAAGAGGGUGCCAAUGUAAAGAGAGGAAAUGGGCCUACCGAAGUGGCAAAGCUUCCAUUAUUGGGCCAACAAGUGCUCCCUUAUCGUCCUAAUCCACGACGCGCACAUAUCGUGGAUCAGAGGUUACACAAAGUGACACAGGCGGGCAAAGUGGAUUCCCUUCCGCAUUUUAAGCAAGGUAACGCUGCGGAAUUACACAGAUCGAUGCAGAAACGUCGUAUGAUCCGGAAUUGCUUGCUCGCCGUCAUCAAGGGUAUAGACAAGUGUAAUGCAAAUAACGCAAUUGGUAGAUAUAGAGCAGAUGCUCCAUAUAAUAGAUUUACAUAA